CAUCUGUGCAAUUAUUUAAUCGCCGUAGAACGGGCGAAAUAGAACAUCUUCUCAUCAAAGAUUUUGAAAACUACAUAGAAAUUUCAGAGAAAACAGAUAAAGACUUAUUUCUAUCUCUGUCAGGUGCAGCACGAGAAAUUGCAAAAAAAUAUGUAAGAUUUACUAUACGCGGAAAAUUAAUGCAUACUGUUCCUGUAUUACUAUCAGCUCAAUUAUUGAAAUGUAUUAAAUUGAUUUUAAAAUAUCGAGCUAAUGCUCAUGUACCUGCUACAAAUCCAUAUUUAUUUGGAAUUCCGGGAUACAACAAAAGUUGUUUUAAAUACUUAAAUGCUUGCGAAUUGAUGCGACAGUUUUCUACGGCAUGUGGUGAAAAACGACCAUGGAAUCUACGUGGAACGGAUCUCAGAAAACACGUUGCUACGAUAAGUGUAGCGUUAGAUUUAUCAGAAAAUGAUGUUUCUGAUCUGGCAAACCAUAUGGGUCAUGCAAUAACAAUACACAAAGAAAUCUACAGGCAACCCGUUAUAAGUAGAGAUAUUGUACGGAUGUCGCAAGUUUUACAAAAAGCACAAGGUGUCAAUAACUUCGAAAGUGAUGAAACAGAUAGUAAUCAUGAAAACGGAGAAACUUCAGUAGAGAAUGAUAUGAGUUUAUCCAAUGAAAUUGAAGCGGAAUCAUAUAGUAUCCUCGAUGAUAGCAGCAAAUCAAUAAAAAAAACUGGCGGAAGUGCAAAGAAACGAAAUAGUACGUAAAUAUAUUUUAAAUUUAUAACGUAGAAGUAAGAAAGAUAGGAGAAAGUACAUGUGACAAAGUCAUUUAUUUAUGGACAUAAAUACAAAAAUCGUUCUAUCCACUUUUCUCGUCUCUACCACCAUAAUCCACAAUAUAUAAGUAUCGGCCAUCCUUAAUAUUGACUUUUCUGUUGAUAUGUUUAGAAUAUAACAAAAAUCAAAUACUCAAGUAUUCUGACAUAUCUAUUUUAACUAUUUACUACUAUAUUAAUUAAUUUAACUGUACAUAUUUUAAUAACAAAAAAAACAAUAGAAAAAAUUAAAUUAACAAAAAAAUAAUAGAAAAAAAAUUAUAUAACAAAAACAAACAAUAAAAAAAUAUAAAACAAAAAAAACAAUAGAAAAAUUAUUUAAUAAUAAAAAAAACAAUAGAAAAAUAAUAUAACAAACAAAAACAUUUAAAAAAACAAAAAUCCCUCCCGACUGCUGCCAACAAAAGCCCAACAU